UGGCUUUUUAAUGGCAGUAUGGGCCCCUGUUGCUCGAGCUUGUGGUCUUAGCUCAGGUGUAGGUGCGGUACAUACCAGGUGAAGGUGAAGCACCUCAAUAUCUCUACAUCAAGCCCGUCUCGAGACUCUCUAUGACACGAUGUCCCGAAGCACAAAGGAACAAGACAUACACUUGGACGACACGCCCAAGUUCCGCAAUGAAGGUGCCUCUCCUGCUCCAAGCCGAAUCCUUCAGGACGUAACUCCGCGCGGGCGCGGCCUUCCGCCGUAUCUCCGCACUGUAUGCCUAAACCUUCGCUCUCAACAGCCUCCAACAGGCCUUUCUUUGGGUAUCGACAAACAUAAGUACCCCGUACUACAUCGACCAUUGGGCUCAGUUGCUAUAUGGGUGCCCCUUCAUCAAACAGCAAACUGCUUCCGCGCUAUCUUCGGGACCAAUCUUUCUAUCUCAACUCCCGACUCUCCCCAACAAGCAAACAGACAUAAUGGCAAGCCCACGAGCCCAGCCGUCUUACACCAAAGUGGUGCACAAUGCUACCUACCCGGCAAUUAACCCCCGGCUUCCGGCGUUGGCCAGCACGGGGAAAGUUGUCGUGAUUACCGGCGCGUCAGGUGGCAUCGGGCGGGCCACGGCUGCGUCUUUCGCCGUGUCGAGGCCUAAAGCGCUGAUCCUGCUUGGCCGCCGCCCCGACGAGUUGGCCAAGACGGCGGAACUAGCCCGCUCUGCGGACGGGGCCGCGGCAGACCUGGUCAUCGAGACGCAUGCGGUCGACCUGCGGGACUCGCCGGCCCUGCGCGCCGUUUUGGAUGGCGUGGUGAAAGCGCUGGGCGCCAUCGACGUCUUGGUCCAUUGCGCAGGCGUCUUGGCACCUGUGCAGCCGCUCGUGGAGGCCGACCCGGCGACAUUCCUCAAAGGCUACGAGAUGACGGUGGUCGGCACGCUGGCGAUCGGGCAGGCAGUCAUCCUGGCAAACCGAGGCAGGGAAAGCAGCGCUGCUGCAUCCGGCGAGCAGCAAAUCACCUUCCUCAACCUGACAACUGCCGGCAUCCUGUUCCCGCCGUUCCCAGGCAUGGGCGCCUAUGCCAGCAGCAAGCUCGCCGCCGUCAAACUGCUGGAGGCCCUGGCAGCCGAGAAUCGCCACGUGCGUCUGGUGCACGUCCACCCGGGCUUCCUGCGCACCGCUAUGUCGGCCGAACUCGCCAAGACGACCAAGCUGCCUUUCGAGUACGACGAUCUCUCGCUCCCUUCGGACUUCCUCGUUUGGGCCGCGUCUCCGGAGGCGGACUUCCUCCGAGGCAAAAUCGUCUACGCCGCGUGGGACGUCGACGAGCUCAAGGCGCGCAGCAAGGAGAUUGUGGGUUCCCCCAAGCGGCCGGGCAGUGGUGAGUUGUGGCUGGGCUUUCAGGGAUUCCCGCGGUACAUAGGAGAGAACUUGCUCCCGGGACGUUGAAGCAAGCCUUCGUCCAAGCGGAGGCGUAGCUGUGCAUUCAGAUCUUUGGAAGACCAUGGACUAGAAAGAAUAGAAAUCAUAAAAAAAGAAAAAAAAAUAGAAAUCACAAAAAAAAAAUGAAAUCAUAAAAAAGAAAAAAGGAAAGG